AUGUUGGCCCUCAUUCCUUCCGGAUCCCCUUUUUUGAAACAUCACAUUGAGACCUCGGUUGUGUUCGACCCAACACAGCCUGCCCCAGUCUCGAUUGAGCCUACUCCGGAAGAGGCCAUUCCCACUGAGUCUGGACCCAAAGUUAAACAACCAUCCAAACGAAAGGCUUCACCUUCCAAGCCUAAAGCCAAAAAGAAACCCAAAGUCAGUGCUCCCUCUCAACAGGAGGGCACCCAUGACAUUCCGACUGAUUCUGGUCGUCCACUCACCCCUCCUGCCCACUCAUCUGAGGUACCCCUUAAUGUUUCAUCAUCACAAGCACACACUCAUGGGGAGUCUAAACAUAUUCCACCAUCACCCUCCCAAAAGGGUGAUGUCGGUGUUGAACAAAGUUCCUUGCACCCCCCUGGAACACACCCAUGUGUCACUUUUGAUAUUCCUAUUAUCUCUUCCACACGCACACACUCCGGAACCGUUGUUCCGGAACCCAAUCAUCCGGAAGGAGGAGCAGUCUCUCCAACUUCCGAUUCCACAACUGGUCUGAUACCCAGAAGGCGUACAGGACAACCAAGUUCUAAUGAUCCUUUGUGGAAAGAUUAUGUGAACAGGGCUGCAUCAAGACGUCCCGACCUGACUCGUGCUCAAGUUGAAUAA